AUGGCUUCCAACACAAGCAACAUUACUCAUUACCUGAAAAGUGAAGAUUGGAUGUUUGUUCCUGCCUCCCACUGCAUUCCAUGGCUUGCUGUGCUCGGCACUGUAUGUCUGGCCAUAGUCAUCCUUAAUAGCAUCUCCAUUAUUAUCUUUGCGAAGCAGCGCCGGCUACAGAGGAAGAGUACAUACUUGGUCAUCCAUCUGGCCAUAGUCGAUCUCUUGGUCGGGGCGGUUACCGGAACUCUUCGUAUUAAAUUAAAUGGGAGCUUGGCAUGCCAUCUGUGGGGGAACGAUAUGCCUAAUAGAAUUUGGUUAUUUUUAGUAGCAAAUGGCUACUGUAUCAUAUUGAUAAAGUCUCGCUUCUUAAACUCGCUUUUAUUUCAUUAGAACGAACACACGCAACAUUCUGUCCUUUCAAGCAUCGUUUUGUUAAGAAAUGGGUUUAUGGAGUGGUUAUAGUUGUCACUUGGUUAGUCCCUGUAAUCAUGAUCUCUAUGGUGUCUGGACUAUCAAUCCUCAAUCGCGACAUCAUAACAAUGUUUUGGGUUUACCUUUUGUAUACUUCCAUCCUUCUUUUGGUUAUAUUUGUAUGCUAUGUUUCUAUUUAUAUCAAAGUUCGUUGUGGUCGUUUUGCUCAACUCCAUGGUGCAGCCGGCCUGAGGGAAAGAAAACUGACAAGUACAAUGUUUCUUGUCACAUUUGGAUCGUUCCUAACUUUCCUGCCAUCGAUAGUAUGCUACGGCGUGCUUGUUUUUGAUUUGAAGCUACUUUUAAGCCUUUCCAUUACUUCCCGUUUUCACUAUGAAAUGGCAAUGACUACAUUUUUUUUGUUCAACUCGCUAAUAAAUCCUAUAAUUUACGCCAUACGAAUGCCAGAAUUUAGAGCGGGUAUGUUACAAAUAAUAUUUCGUAGAACUCCACGCCGUCUACACCCGGUUAACAUUCCACUUCAGGACCGUUAA